UUGGUCUGUCAGGCCACCGGAAGUGACCUGUCACAAAACGAAAAAGACUACCGGAUUUUCAAGCUAGGUAGCCAAAAAAAAUAACAACAGAGGAUCAUUGUUUAGCUAUCUGCAUGAACACCUUAAACAGUUACAUUUAAAGACAGGACUCUCUGUGUAUGCCAGCUGACCAGCCAACUGAUCAGCAAAAUGAGCAGCACAGGAACGGUGGAGAGUAGUAAACCUCCAAAGAUUGGCUCUACAGUGGAGGUCAUAGGGAAGGGUCAGCGUGGAACUGUUGCCUAUAUCGGUGCCACCCUCUUUGCCUCUGGGAAAUGGGUGGGUGUCAUACUGGAUGAGGCCAAAGGCAAGAACGAUGGCACCGUGCAGGGAAAACGCUACUUCACCUGUGAGGAAAAUCACGGGAUAUUUGUCAGACAGUCCCAGCUCCACGUGGUAGAAGACGGCUCCAGUGCAACCUCACCAGAUACUCCUGAGUCAGGCAUUGCAAAGAUACCCAGGCAAAAAGACAUUCCUGAGACUCCCAGAACCACCAAGCAGACACCUGUGAACGUUAAGAAGUCCUCUACCCGCCGCUCUGCCAAGUGGACCACUCCAAGUCGUCUUACGCCUGCCAUCUCCCUCCCCUCCCUCUUGGUACGUUCCACCGGACGCUCCAACCUGCCGCGCAUGGCGUCUCGUGAGAGCCUGUCCCAUCUGUCUGGUGAUGUGAGCGAGGUGGGCCUGUCCUCCCAUCAGGGUGCCCUAGGGGCUCCCGUUAUUCCUCAGCCCAGCGGGUCGCCUGCAGCAGUGGCAGUCCCAGUCCCAGCUACUCCAAGCAAGGUGGAACCUGCCAUUUCCAAGCAGGAGGAGGAAUCCAUGCGAGCUCAGGUCAAGGACCUGGAGGAGAAGCUGGAAACACUGAAGAUGAAACGGACAGAGGACAAAGCCAAGCUGAAGGAGCUCGAGAAAUACAAGAUCCAGUUGGAGCAGCUUCAGGAGUGGAAGACCAAAAUGCAAGAGCAGCAGGCUGAUCUGCAGAAACAACUGAAAGAGGCCAAGAAGGACGCCCGUGAGGCACAAGAGGCCAAGGACCGCUACAUGGAAGAGAUGUCCGACACUGCAGACGCCAUAGAGAUGGCCACACUGGACAAAGAGAUGGCUGAAGAGCGGGCCGAGUCACUGCAAGUGGAGGUGGACACGCUGAAAGAGAAGACGGAGGAGCUCUCCAUGGACCUGGAGAUCCUUAGACAUGAGAUUUCAGAGAAAGGCUCAGAUGGAGCCGCUUCAAGUUACCAUGUCAAACAGCUGGAGGAGCAGAAUGGCAGACUAAAGGAGGCACUGGUUCGGAUGCGUGAUCUGUCUACUUCGGAGAAGCAGGAGCAUGUAAAGCUGCAGAAGCAGAUGGAGAAGAAGAACUCUGAGCUGGAGACUCUGAGAACUCAGAAGGAAAAACUGCAGGAGGAUAUCAAGCAGGCGGAGGCCACUAUUGAUGAACUAAAGGAGCAGGUGGAUGCUGCUCUGGGGUCAGAGGAGAUGGUGGAGACCCUCACAGAGAGGAACCUCGACCUGGAGGAGAAAGUCAGAGAGCUGAGAGAAACCGUCACCGAUUUGGAGGCCAUUAAUGAGAUGAAUGAUGAGCUCCAGGAGAAUGGCCGGGAGACGGAAAUGGAACUGAGGGAGCAGGUGGACCUGAGUGCAGCAAAGGUCAGAGAGGCUGAAAAAAGGGUGGAGGCUGCCCAGGAGACUGUAGCUGAUUACCAGCAGACCAUCCGCAAAUACAGAGACCUCACCACCAGCCUACAGGAGGCCAACAGAGAGCUGAUCAGCCAGCAGAAUGCAAAUGCUGAACAAGUUCAACAACCGCCUGCUGAACUAUUUGACUUCAAGAUUAAGUUCGCAGAGACCAAGGCUUAUGCCAAGGCCAUUGAGAUGGAGCUGAGGAAAAUGGAAGUGGCUCAGUCAAACAGACAGGUAUCCCUCCUCACCUCCUUCAUGCCGGACUCCUUCCUCCGUCAUGGUGGAGAUCACGACUGUAUUCUGGUCCUUCUGCUCAUCCCGAGGCUUAUUUGCAAGGCCGAGCUGAUCAGCAAACAGGCCCAGGAGAAGUUUGACUUGAAUGGGAACUUGGCCCAGGGGACGGGGCUCAGAGGGCCUCCAGGAGAACAGCGGAGUUUUGCCUCAGGACUGGUCUACUCCCUGUGCCUGCUGCAGGCCACUCUGCACAAAUAUGAACAGGCUCUGAAUACCUGCAGCGUGGAGGUUUUUAAGCGCAUGGGUACACUCUACUCUGAAAUGAGCUUCCACGAGCGCUCUCUGGAUUAUUUCAUCGACCUGCUGCACAAAGAUCAGCUGGAUGAGACCGUUCAGGUGGAACCUCUGACUAAGGCCAUCAAGUACUAUCAGCAACUGCACAGCGUCCAUCUGGCAGAUCAUACUGAAGACUGCACAGUGCAGCUGGCUGACCACAUUAAGUUUACCCAGGGUGCACUGGACUGCAUGGGAGUGGAGGUAGCGCGCCUGCGGGUGUUCCUGGCAGCAGGUCAGGAGAGCUCAGGCUUUACUGUUCUUCUAAAGGACCUGGACACUUCCUGCUCUGACAUCAAACAGUUCUGUAAGAAGAUCCGCCGUCGCAUGCCUGGAACAGAUGUAGUUGGAGUUCCCGCUGCUCUUAACUUUGGACAAGAGGUGUCGGAGUCGCUGACGGAGUGCAGGCGCCAGCUGACCCGUGUGGUGGCUGUGCUGCAGGAGGUGGCUGCAGCUGGAGCUCAGAUGGUUGCUCCGCUGACAGAACAGGAGGGGCUCAACGCUCUCAAACUGGAGGAUAUCGCCUGCAAGGCCAUGGAGCAGGUGUAUGGCUCUCAAGGCCUGAACGGCCUAGAGAGUCUGCGUCAGUCCUGCACCUCCGUCAUCGCUACCAUGAACAAGAUGGCCACGGCCAUGCAGGAAGGAGAGUAUGAUGCUGACAAACCACAGGGCAAGCCUCCUCCAGUGGAGAUUAGAGCGUCCACCGUCAGGGCCGAGAUGACGGAUGCCGAGGGUCUAGGAGUUAAACUAGAAGACAGAGAGACGGUUAUCAAGGAGGUCAAGAAGUCCCUCAAGAUCAAGGGUGAGGAGCUGAGUGAGGCCAACGUCCGUCUGAGCCUGCUGGAGAAGAAGCUGGAUACCUCCACCAAAGACGCCGAUGAACGUGUGGAGAAGAUUCAGACCAAGCUGGAUGAAAACCUCGCCCUGCUGAAGAAAAAGGAAAAGGAGUUUGAGGAGACAAUGGAUGCCCUGCAGGCUGAUAUCGACCAGCUAGAGGCAGAGAAGGCAGAGCUUAAACUACGUAUUAAUAACCAAUCCAAGAUGACCAUCGAAGGCCUGAGAGCCACACCUGCCUCUGGAAUCGCCUCCAUAGUUCAGGGAUCUGCAGGAGGUCUGACUCCAUCCCUGGCAGGACAAGUACAGGUGGUGGACUCCCCCCUCCUCAGGCAGCAGGUGGAGACCCAGAGACUGGGUAUUAAACAGCUCAAGAAUGAAAACAACAGACUCAAGGCGGAGAAGAUGAGAGCCCAGCUGGCCUCCCUGCCUCCACUCUGCCCUCCCAAACUACCAAAGGUGUCCAAAGAAAGCUCCAUGCCACCAGAAGGACUAAACACAGGCAUCUAUCGCAGGACUGACCAAAUGCUGUCAACACUGCUCAAGCUGAGUUCAGAGGUUAAAGUGGUGGACAUCAGUGGGAAGACAGCAGUUAGUGCCGGUGCCCAGCUGCUGGAGCAGACGGCUCGACUGCAGAACCUCAGUGAUGCUCUGGACAAACUCAAGGGAGAAGUAGCCGAACAUGUUGUCUCCUACCAGCCUGGAGCUAAGGCUUCCUCUGACUUCGCUACCUUCCCCGUCUCCUCUUAUGUUAAGGCCAAGGAAGAGAAGCAGGGAGGAACAGUGUUUGUUGGUCGUGUUGCCAUUCCUUGCACCCGUGGACAGGAACAAGUCCACCGCCUCGUCCUAUCACAGCAGCAGCUGCAGAAAGUGCACCGCCUCCUCAUGGUCUAAGACAGCGUGCCAUUGGCCCACAGAUGUAAUUAGCAGUACAUCCAGAAAAGCUUUUGUUCAUUCUCAUUCCAGCUUCCACUUUACUCUAACAUUCUCUAUUUAUCCCUUUUGCUUUUCACUAUUCUCAGGAAAUUGUAUCCAAUAUUUGUAGACUAUAGCACUAAUAACAUUAAGGCACAGCAGUGACUUUAUAUUGACGUAAAACUGGUGUUUUAAAUGAAGUCCAAAUGGAUUUGACUCCUGAAUGUCACAUUAUGAAGGUGUCCUGUUUUUACUGAAAGUGUUUGUAUGCCCCGAUUUUACCAACUCUGUGGGAAAAGGAGAAAGCUAACAAGUCAUUUUUACUGUACUUGCACCUAGUGAUAGUCUUUCCCUUUGUAUCUUUUGUACUUGUAGUAAUUCAGACAAUAAAAGCAAUUCACUUUAGAGCAACAAA